CCUCACACGAAAGCCUCCAUCUGGAUCUUUUCAGAACAAACAUAGCUUGAAGAGCGCCGUACUCCAUUCUCUCAAAAGACAUCAUGCUGCGACUCGUCCUAUCCCUCGCUUGUCUGGGUCUGGCCUCAGCUUUCAUCCGGUACCAGAACGCCAUCCCCAACGGUGACUUUGUGCCCAACCCUUGUCUCAUUGGUCUCUGGCCCGGGGUGGGGCAUUACACGUCUCACGGUACGGGAGCCAGAAACGAAUUUGGCAUCGACUUUGCUGCCGCUGGUCACGUGUGGACCCCCGCCCUGUGUAACAUGGACUCAGACAAGGACGGACGCACCAACGGCCAGGAGCUGGGGGACCGCAACUGUAGGUGGACGCCCACCAACGGGGCCACCCUGGACGCCCCCAUGACACACCCAGGUAUCUGUGAACCUAUCGGAAGUGCUCAGUGCGCAUGGCAGGCGUUUUCAUGUGCUUGAAACAAGAUGGACGAACUUGUGUUAAUGUGCCUACAGUUUCAUGUAGGCAGGGAUGGAUUGUUACAAUAAAAUCAUGCAUUUAUCU